AUGUAUAUAGUCUGCGUGCACCAACGAAGGACGCAACCGAGGCGGUGGUUCGUGCUGCGUGCCAGCACGCCUCAGGUUGCAACGGAUAACUUGAAGGUUGAUACGCAGCCUCGCCGAACGUCAGCCGCCCGGGCGGUUGCAACGCAGCCGUGUCUGGUUCUGCCUGGUUUGGGAAACGCUGCCAGCGACUACGCGGAACUGCUUGGUCUGUUACCCGCGGGGUCACUGGUUGUACCAGUUGCUCGCUAUGACUGGUUUCGAAACGCCCGGGGCCUGAUGUUGCCAGCGUACUGGCGGGGUACGCUCAAGCCUCGGCAAGUUAUGGACUGGUAUUUCGAACGACUAGAACGAACGCUAUUGCAGUUGAGCUACGCUUUUGGCGACGAGACCGGUGACUGGGGUGUGAAUCUGAUCGGACACUCUGCCGGUGGCUGGUUGGCACGACUCUACGUGAGUGAGUUCGCCAGCGACGACCUUCGGAAGCGCGUACGCACUGUCGUCACGUUGGGCACACCAAACCUGGCACCACCAGCUGGUGUAUUCGACCAAACCAGGGGUAUUCUUGCGUAUUUGGAGACACAGUAUUCGUGGAAGCACCGCCAACAUUCCGGUGUUCGCUACACGUGUGUUGGAUCCAAAGCGGUCCGCGGGCGGCUCUGGUCGAGCAACCUUGAGGAAAUGAUCGCUUAUGCCUCUUACUGGCCAGUGUGCGGUCGCGGGCGUGUGGCUGGUGAUGGGAUUGUGCCAGCGUGUUCCUCGUUUAUGCGCGGGGCUCAGGCUAUUCUCCUAGCGGAUGCGAGGCACUCGCCGUUGACGGACCCUAAAAACUGGUACGGGUCACCGCAUCACUUCGAAUGCUGGGCGAGCGCUUUGGUCUGA